AUGCUGCAGGCUUCGGCUUUUUCGAGGUCUGAUGCGCUGUCUCUGCCGUGGGUCGCCCGUAGCGUGACGCAGCAGAGUAGCCCCUUAUCAAGAAGAAGCUUUGCAACUGUGCAGCAUCUAGUUUCAGGCGAUGGAUCAACUACUGCCCGGCAAGGGAAGUCCGGGAAGGGGAAACCGCCCUCAAUUCGCCAGCGGUUGCGGAAAUGGGAUGAGGAGAACGUGACCGAAGCAGAGGCUAUGCUGACCGACUUUGCCGAGAUGGGCGAGCUGUCUAACACAUUCACGCGGCCCCAGAACGUGUCUAUGGCCCAGUUCGAAGUUGACACGCCGCUGUUUGACGGCGAUGAACUGGGAGAGUUGCGUUCCGAUGACACCGUUCUAAAGGCUGGAGAUAUGGUCGAGCUUAGUGCUGAAGGCUCAAGGAGACCGAUGCUAGCCAUCUGUCUCGGCCGCAUCAAUGGAUAUGAGCAGUAUUAUACGAGCAGUGGCAAGUGGUUCUCCGGCCUGGGCGUAAAGACCUUGUUUGUCGUCCACGGCUUUGCAAAGCCCAGUGAACUCAAAAGCGUCAUUGACGAGUUGCCAUCCACCGAAACGCCCGUGGAAGCUGUCAAUGCAUUGCAGGACCUAGGCCAUGGCCCUUCACGGAGCAUCGGAGCCGCACUUCUGCGCAAGAUGUUGCAGUUCAUCCAGGCCGCGGAGUCGGUCUACCAGGCAAACGCCGGAACCUUAGACGCCUCGAGUGCCUUCAUUGGCGACCCCGUGAAGCAUCGCUAUCUCACCUUGCAUGAGAUUGCUGACCUCCUACUUCCCGAGUCGGACAAGGUCGAAGGAAAAUUCAAUGCCCAUUCCUUGUAUGCAGUACACCGCGCUCUUCUGACCGACGAGGUCUUCUUCAGACCACUCAAACAGACGGGCCAUCGGAGAUCGUACCUUUUCGAGGUCAGCCCGUUGUCUGAGGUCCGCAUCGUACAGAAGGUGGAAAAUAUGGUUCGCGAAUACAUGGACCAAAGAUCUCGAAAUACGCAGUUUCAGCCGAAAGGAGCAUACAUCCUCGAUAAGUUUAUCAAAACGGCCAGCAAGGUCAUUGAUGAAAGUCGUAAGAGACGAAAGUGGUCCAAUAGUGGCAUGAUUGGACCGUCCUCGCAGCCAGCUCCGAAGCCCCAGAAUUGGUCGACUGAGGAUCGUGAGAUCUUACAGUUCAUGGAGUUGUGGGCUAGCUAUCAGAAGUUCCCAACUUUCUCACGUCUCCAGACCAUGGGAUCUGCUAUUCUGGGUGCUGUCGACCGAUACCAAGAGGCUCAAACGCUCGCCCCUGCAGCAGGCUGGACUUUCUUGCAGGAGCUCGCUUGGAUUCCUCCGUGGGAGAUUCCAGCUCGAUAUAGCGUACGGUUUCCGGACAUUGAGAUCAAGCGAGGUGGUGGCUAUAUUCGUCCUACUGUGGGCACGCUCGACAGACAUCUGAAGCGAGACACGUUGGCACCUAUUCGAAAGGAAUUGGACGGAACUACUGCGUACUGCAUCGAUGCUGAGUCUGCCAUGGAUAUUGAUGAUGCGGUAUCGCUCGAGCGCACGACCGAACCUGAUCAGUACUGGGUUCACGUUCACGUUGCAGAUCCGGCAUCGUCGAUCAAAGCCGAGACCCCAGUGGCCAAGUACGCCGAAUUGAUCCCGGAGGCAAUAUAUCUCCCUGGCCACUUUGAGCGCAUGUUGCCAGAUAACCUCAGCAAGGAAAGAUUUUCUCUCGGUCCAAACAGGCCUUGCCUGACGUUCAGUGCGCUAGUGAAGACUGACGGUACAGUCAUGGACCAGAAAAUCACACCGGGUAUCUUGGACAAUGUGAAAUACAUAACGUACGAGGAUGCUGCCUCAGCUAUCGGGGAGGUACGAGAUGAGCCGUUAAUGAGUGGCGAAACGAUAAGCCUCGGGCCUGCUCCCAAACCACAGCCUGCGAAUAGGAAAAUGACCCGGCCUGAAGAGCUGACCGAAGAGCAGAAGGACGACCUGACUCUGCUCUCUGAACUCGGCAGGGCAGUGCAGGCCGGGCGACUCAACAAGGGAGCCACUCCGAUCUUCGCGCCCCGCCCUGUAGCCUCAGCAUACUUCGAUGGAGUGCAACAGGAAGAUAUCGAUGGCUUCAUCUCCACUGUAGGAGACCCGUCAAUCCGCAUCGGAUAUUCAGGUCGCUCUGCCACGGACCUGGUUGAGAACGCCAUGAAACUGGCAGGUGAGGUAGCGGCGCGCUGGUGUUCGGAACGGGGCAUCCCCAUCCCCUACCGCACACAGCCCCACGCGGUGCGUAACGCAGCCCUGGUCCAGCAGUACGCCCGUGACGUCUUCAACCCGCUGCUCGCGGCCGGCGUGCGCCCCGACGAGAACCAGUUCCGGCACAUGCGGUCGCUCCUCGGCAGCGACGAGCUGUCGACGUGGCCGGGCCCACACUUCACGCUCGGCGCCGACAUGUACACCAAGGCGACGUCGCCGCUGCGGCGGUUCUCGGACCUGAUCGUGCACUGGCAGAUCGAGGCGGCGCUGCUCGAGGAGCGCCGGCUCGGGCGGUCGCUCGUCGGCCGCAACCGCAACGACAACGACGACAGCUUCCUGCCCUUCAGCCGCGAGCGCCUCGACCGCAUGCUGCCGAUGCUGCGCGUGCGCGAGCGUCAGACCCGCGCCCUCACCAACGGCGACGGCACCGACCAGUGGAUCCUGCAGGCGCUGGUGCGCGCCUGGCGCUUCGGCGAGGCCGCCCUGCCGCCCACGUUCCGCUUCCGCGUCGAGCACGUCUUCCGCCGCCGCAGCGUCCUCGGCCGCCUCGACUGGUUCGACCGCCCGGCCUUCCUCAAGCCCGACGCCCUCAACGACGUGCUGCGCAUGGGCGACGCGUGCGUCGGCGACGUUUACGAGGUCAGGCUGCGCGAGGUCAACGUCCACGCCAAGCAGAUUCUCGUCGAGGCCGUGCGCGUCGUCGAGAAGGCGGCCGAUCCCCUGGCCUUGGUGGGCGAGGCGGCAGGCGGCUCAGGGGCAAGUCGGUGCGGUCUGAACAGUCAGACAGACAUAUACCCUUUGCAGACGAGAGAUGUGCGAGUGCAUCAGUCAUAA